UAGCCUCAUAUAAAUAGUUAGUCAGUAAUUUCCCACAUUCUCUUUGGCCGACCUCUUCUCCUACUGAAGAGCGUACUCUGAAAUCUCCAUUGAAGCGGCUUUUGAGCUCUCUCUCCUCCAUUCAAGCAGCUCCUUAGUUUUUCUCUGGAGCAGUGGAAAUAGAACGAAAAACAAACAUGAAUGCCAUGGAAGUUGAGACAUCAAACUCAGCAUCUGCUUCUCUUCCAUCACGGCCCAAAUUUGGGGCUUUGAGGGCUCAUGAGAUGUCUGAUGGUCAAGUACAAUUCAGAAAGGUGAGUGUUCCUCCUCAUCGUUACACGCCCUUGAAAAAAGCGUGGCUGGAAAUCUACAACCCAAUUUACGAACAGAUGAAAAUUGACGUAAGGAUGAAUCUUAAAGAUCGCAAGGUUGAGCUGAAGACAAGGGCUGACACCCCUGAUGUAAGUAACUUGCAGAAGUGUGCUGAUUUUGUCCAUGCCUUCAUGCUUGGGUUUGAUGUUACGGAUGCAAUUGCCCUUUUGAGGGUAGAUGAACUUUAUGUUGAGUCAUUCGAGAUCAAGGAUGUUAAAACACUUAAAGGUGACCACAAAUCUCGUGCUAUUGGAAGGCUUUCUGGUAAAGGUGGUAAAACAAAGUUUGCCAUUGAAAAUUCAACGAGGACUCGCAUUGUAAUUGCAGACUCAAAGAUUCACAUUUUGGGGUCUUGUACAAACAUUAAGGUAGCGAGGAGCUCACUCUGCAGCCUAAUAUUAGGGUCACCUGCUGGAAAGGUUUAUUCGAAGCUUAGAGCAGUAACUGCACGACUGGCAGAGAGAUUUUGAGCUUUCAUGCAUCAAUUUUUGCAAGGAUAGGCUGCAUUUUUGUUUUGGAGCGUGAGCUUGUCUCCUGUCCAACCUUUGGAAGGGGAGGCGAACUACAGCAUGUUGAGGAUUGUUUUAUGAUGAUAAUCUUACCGCUCAAAGCCUUGUUAUGUUAUGUUAUUUAACUUGAUUAUAAGUAUUAUCGACUACAGUAGAGAUGAUUUUGUGGUGUUGGAAUAUUUAUUUGUUAACUGUUUUUAAAAAUGAAAUCAUUCAUGUUACCUGAGGCUAUGCAUGAUUUUGAUUUGGUGAUU